CUUAUUCAAUCAAUUAAUUUGUGUUUAAUCAACGUUCAACAAAUGACUGUUUAACAAGUAGGUAUAACGAUUAAUUUUGUGGAUUGGUUGAAGUUAGACAUUAACACCGUUGGAUACCGACUCAGUGAUCUAGAGGUUAAGCGUUCGUGCGUGGUACCGAUAGGUCCCGGGUUUGACUCUCGCUAGGCGGGAUCAUAGAUGUGCACCGCUGAAAAGUCCCACAAUAGAACGAAAUGGCUUCCAGGUUUUCCAUGGUGGUCUAGCUUCAAUUGACUCAUGAUCUCAACUAUCAGAUUAAAAAUCUUUUGAAGAUUUAUAAUAUGUCAAUUAUUUUAACCUAUAACAGACGGUUGUAUUCAAUAAAUUCUACGGAUGGAAUAUACACUGACAGUGAUAUUGAUAUAUAUAAUAAUAGAAAUUGAUGGAUUCCCUGUUGACACUUCAGAAGAAUAUUCAAAAAAUUUACUCUUACGGCAACUCUUAAACUUUCAACUACCAAAAGAUUCAAAUUUUCAUUCUAUCAGUAGUUUAUCACCAACUGCAUGGAAUCCAACAUGGUCUGCUUUAUUAUGGUCAACAUGGUCCGAAUGGGAAAGAUGUACACAAAAUAAACAUUGUAAAAAUCACUAUAAUAAUAAUAAAUCGGAAAUUAUUGAGAAUUUGUUAUUUCGAGAACGAAUAUGUCAAUUUCAGUCAAUUAAUGAACAAUUGUUAUGGUCACAAGCAAUGAUUAAAGGUGUUAAUUUAUCUGGUGAUUUAUCUACUUGCUCAGAAGAAGGUUUGAUUCAAAUUGAUGUCAAACAUUGUCAGGAUUUGCUUCAAUGUAUCUACAAAACUUCAUCCAAAAAUCAUUCCUUCCAUUCAUUGUCAAAAUCAAAUGUUAAAAACUUUUCUUCUAAAUGUGAAGAAAAUGGAUGUGAUUUUACGGAUUCUACUGAGAAUAAAAUGAACAUGGAAGUCUAUGGCUGGAGACUGUGGGCACAAUGUCUAAGGGUAAAGUAAUUGGACUCAAUCUGCAAGAACACUGAAAUGAGCCAACUAAUUUUGCGGUUGAUUUAGAAAACAUGUCAUUCCGAUCUCACUCACUACUAUACGCUAGAUAUUGGUCUUAAUAUGGUGGACAGUUAGUCAACCUAUUAAUGGAUCACGAUUUGAUAAUCUGAUGAUCGGACCACGGAAAGACAUUCAGAACGCGGUGAAAUUUGGGGACCAUGGACAGCAUUGCAACAGUGCUCAGCAAUUAUUCCUACAAUUGAUGAACUACCAGAAGAAUAUCCCUGGGAAUUAAUGCUCAAUUUAACUCGGGCACCAGCUGGUAGAAGAUGUGAACCAGGAUUACAACUCCAAAUCCGAAAGUUACUAAAUGAAUCUAAUUCCAUAAAAGAGGUGAUGGUUCAUGGUCGAGAUGGUCAAAUUGGAGUAACUGUAAUUCAAAAUGUGCAUCGAAAUUGGGCACACGUAGUCGAUAUAGAAAAUGCAACUCACCAGCACCUAGAAAUGGUGGUCGUGUAUGCCCUGGUCCAGAACAAAUGAACUUUGAAUGCUUUGGAACUAAUAUUAAUUGCUAAAUAAAGAUUAACUUUACUUUUUUCUAAUUCUAAAAA